AUGAAUGACCUGUACAACACAUCAUCUGUGUUAGUGCUAAAUCGCUUUAAUCUCUCCUUUGAAAAUGCCCUUCCUGCAUUUCUUUUUGCAACUCUGAGCUACAUGAUCAUACUUUUCUGCAACCUUAUUCUAAUCCUCACCAUUGUACUGAACAAAUCUCUGCAUCAGCCGAUGUAUCUAAUUCUGCUGAACCUUCCUAUCAAUGACCUUAUUGGCUCCACAGCAUUUUUCCUACAAGUCAUUAAAGACAUACUAACAAACAGCAGGACAAUGCAAUACUUUGCUUGUGUUGCCCAAGCUUUCUUCAUCCACAUUUAUGCAUCAGGUACAGUGUUUAUUCUGACUGCUAUGGCAUAUGAUAGAUACAUUGCCAUAUGUUGCCCGCUGAAAUACAACACAGUUAUGACUUAUGCUCAUGUUAUGAGAAUCAUCACAGCUGUAUGGGUGAGUAGUUUAGUCACAAUAGGUGUGCUUUUUUUCCUGCUGUUGCGUUUACCCCGCUGUCUGUCUGAGCUGACACACCCCUACUGUGAUAAUCCAUCGUUGCUGACUCUGGUCUGUGCCGACACAACCAUCAAUAACAUUUAUGGGCUUUUCUUGGUCGCUCUUUCACAAGUGAUAGCUAAUGGGAUGAUUUUGUACACAUAUCUCCAGAUCCUUGUCGCUUGCUUCAGAUCCAAACGAUCAGACACAAAAGCCAAAGCUCUGCAGACGUGUGCUACACAUCUGACUGUUUUUCUCCUGUUGGAGUGUUUGGGUCUUUUUACCAUCAUCUCAUACAGAAUAAAGAAUGUUUCAUCACAUUUAAGGAGGUUCAUGGGGGUGUCGACUUUAAUUUUCCCCCCAGCAUUGAAUCCAAUCAUCUAUGGACUGAAAACAAAAGAAAUUCGAGAAAAAGCACUGUAUUUUUUUAGGAAUAAAAUCUUUCCAUCGUAA